AUGAGCCCGCACCGUCUCGUUUAUAAAAAGGUGUGCCACCUGCCUAUAGAGAUUGAGCAUAAAGCAUACUGGGCAAUUAAAGCAGCAAAUUGCAAUGUGGACACCGCAGUGAAGCAGCGUAUGCUACAGAUGGAGGAAUUGGAGGAAUUGCGAAAUGAGGCGUAUGAGAACACCAGGAUAUAUAAAGACAAGGUGAAGCGGCUGCAUGAUCACCGUAUUUCUCACAAGGAGCUUCGCCCGAGAAUGAAGGUGUUAUUGUUUAAUUCGAGACUGAAGUUGUUUCCAGGCAAGCUUAAAUCUAGAUGGAGUGGCCCUUUUCUGCUUAAGGAAGUGUUCAAUCACGGUGAGGUGGAACUAUAUAACGAAAAUACUAAUGAAAGUUUCAUAGUAAAUGGACAUAGAGUGAAGUCGUACUUUGAGCACCAUAGCCCUCCAAUGGUAGUGGAGAGUCAAGCUCUCCACAAUCCAGAUUGCUGA